ACUCUCUCCUCACUCAUCUGGAUCAGCGGCGAUCGUACGAAUCUGUUCAUCUCCUCCCUAACUCCCCUCAUGGCAGAGGAUAGCGAAGAUUUCAAGCAGGAGGGUGAGGUCGAGAACACCACCAAAUCGGAUGAUAAACCCUUACCCGCAACGGCUACCUCGACGGCGGCGUCCAUUCCGACCUUCUCCGUCAACAUCUGGCCACCAUCUCAGCGCACCCGCGAGGCCGUCAUCAACCGCCUCAUCGAGAAUCUUUCCCACACCUCCACCCUCUCCAAACGAUACGGAACCCUACCGCCCGACGAGGCCUCGGCUAUCGCUCGUCGCAUCGAGCAGGAGGCUUUCGAUCUCGCCUCAACCUACGUAUCGCCCCCUUCUGCUGCCAAGGCGGACGAGGUCGCUUCCGCUGAGGCGUCCGUGGACGAAGGGAUUGAGAUCCUUCAGAUCUAUUCAAAGGAAAUCAGCCGACGGAUGAUCGAGUCCGUUAAAGCUAAGGGUUCCAAUGUUUCUCCGAUUCCCGCUGAGGAAAAUGCUGCUUCCGCAGAAGAAGAUAGUGGAGAUGUUGCUGAUUCUGUUCCGACGCCCGCCGAGCCGAUCGGCGAGGAGAUCGCAUCCGGCGUGCCUGAGCCGUCGGUUGGUUGAGCUGGAGUUGAAUCGGCUUUUCCUGGUAUCGUUUUUAUUAUUUCUUGGAUUUGAUGGAUUUUAUAGUUUGAUAGGUAUCUUUGUGGCGUCAUGUUUGAUUGCAGUAUCGUAGAUUUUAAAUUAUGCUAUGUUUGCACCUCCCUUUCGAACCUUAUUAUUAAAAUGGCGAAGAUGGUGCUUUCCUUAGAAGCCAAUCAGAAACGCUUUAUCUGUGUGUUUGCGUUGUGUUUUUGGGCUUCAUUUGUGAUAUUGAUUGCUUGAUGGUUUUACCAUUUA